AUGUCUUCCGUUCAGUUCACGGCCUUGAUACGUUUCCCGUUCAUCCGGGGUGACUUUGAAGACCCGCCGCAGGCCCAGUGGGAUGCUGAAAGGGAUCGUCAACUAUGGGAGGUUAUAUCAAAAACUUCAAAGACCAGUGAUCUGGACUACAAGUUUCAGGUUCCACCAACGUUUCUUCUACAACAGGCAGCAUGGCUUUACGAGAGACACCUGGACCAUGUUCGAAAUCAGAUGAAGAGGGUUAGUAUUUCGAAUGCUAAUCCAUCGCCAUCGCCAACAGGUGGUAGCACCCUGACCGCUAUAGGCGGUGUCGCGAUGCGAAGGGGAGGGAGCGCUGGAUCAGGAGCAGGGAGGGCUCCUUCAGCUCUGGCUGGGCAUUCAAGAGAUAGCCCUAGUUUGCGAGGUGCUGAGAUAACGAUGCCUGCCCCGUCACUAUCGAGGACACCGUCAACAACUACGAUCACGCAAUCCCGGGCGCUAGCUCAAGUACCUACUCGGAAUCUGUCUACACGCUCUAAUCAGCGUCCUGGUCUGACGAGUCGAAACUCUGGGGAUACUCCGCGGACUCCUAUCGUAACUUCUGCUAAUUAUCGAGACGAAGAGACAGCAUCUCCAGAUAUUGCCGAGUCGUCGUCUUCAAGCUCAUCGUCAUUGUCUGACACCGAUCAUCCCGCUCAUCGAAGUCAACUGUUCAAGCGCCCGCCACGCUUCCAGCAGAAGAGGAUGCGUGAUCUGGCUACUUUUGAGGAAGGCGAUGGUAUUCAAGAGAUUGACGACUCGGGUUCGCAUGAGACUAGUCUGCCCUUUGCCUCGGCUGCGAGGACGCAGCCAAGCAGUAGCAAGUACCCCCAAGACACACACCGUGCUAGUAGCAGAGCCGAGCAGAAGAUGCCCCAGAAUGACACGAGAAAGGCGCCGCCGUCAAGACAGACAUCAAUGGAUGUGCACUCGCUAGCUACGACAGAGGCAGCAUCAUCUAUGACUAGCUCUGGUGGACCUCCAUCUGCAGCAAAGAGCCCUAUGAGCCCGGUGUCUAACCACCGCGCUGAGCUGGGUCGUCUCGGUAGUCCCCGUCAUGCAAGCCUACGGGGCAGGAAAGAAGGCAGUGAAGGUACACCUAGCAUGGGUAGCAGCUUCAGCGACAUUGAUGAUGCUGGUAUCAGCCAGUCGGCUCUCGAGGAAGCGCUGUUGAGUAAUAUGCAUAACGGAAGGAUGAGCUACAGUCUUGGCAUCGCGUCUACCACGUCUCUCACCUUUAUCAACACCAAUAGGCAAGCCUGCAACCAAAAUUUCACGGCCAUCACACGCUCGCUUCUAAAAUCCCACGUCAACAACACGCAACAACAACAACAUCAACAACACCACAAUCCAAGCCCAGCAACCACCGCCAUGCCACCGACUUUACCACCGCCGCCCACCCUCACAGCCAUCCCACCCCAUAUCGACACCACUACAACCAACCUCACCCGCCUAACCGGCCUCUACAUCAAUGGCCCCAAAAAAAUCCCCCUCGCAUUCGCCUACCCCCUCAUAAAGUCCCUCCUCCGCCACCCGCCCUGCCUGCACCGCUCCACUCCCACAUCCUGGCCCUGUGGCCCCUGCGAAGGACACUUCACAGCUCACUACUGGGCCUGCGCCGCUGUCCUGCUAGAUUACUUCUCCGACUUCUUCUGGCGCGACAGCGCACACAUGCAGGCACUGUGGUUCUAUCUGUUGGACAUCUGGCAGGAGAAAGCGGCAUGGUUGCCUUGCGAGGCGGUUUUCGCGACGGCGACGGCGUGGCGGACGGGGUUGUUAGAGAUGAGGAUAACGGGGAUCCAGUUUGUGGGGGUAAAGGUAGAGCCAUGGGUGUUGGAGCGCGCGAUCGUGUUUGAGAGCCACGUUAGGGAGACGAUUGAUCUGAUUGAGAAGGUCGUAUGGGGUCGUAAGGGAAAAGCAUCAACCGGCCCUGCUCCUGAUUUUCGCUUGAUGAGGAUAGGGCAGGAUGCAUACAGCUGCAACUCAUCUGGAGGCAUGGAAUCCGACCUUUCAGAUCGCGUCAUUUACGACCCGAAUGGCAAGGCGUAUGCCCCAUCCGGCAACUACGAAACCGGACCUUGGGUUAGUGGUGUGAAGCCUUGGUUACAGUUUUUAGGCGUCGGUGGACCUGGUGUUGGUGUUAGUACGGGUCGUCGUCACAACAACAAUCACACCAACACCGCCAACAAGCACAACAACGACAACCAAGCAGAUGACGCCGGAACCGCAAAUUCGAAUCAAGAGGAGGGAAAAACCACCAUAACCCGCUAUGUCCCCCAAUCCGCCAUCGCAAUCAUGAAAUACCACACAAAACGCACCUCCUACUUCGCCACCCGCCUCGACAUCUACUCGCCAGACGACCCCGACGGCUUCCACAUCGGCGUCGAGGAUAACAGUCUGGCGUUCCCGGAAGUCUGGAAGGUAGAUGAGCAUUCCUAUGUGUCGCAGCUGACGGGCUGUAAGACGACGUACUCGUUGAGGAAUGGCGCGCCGCUUAUCGUGAGACAUAGGGGCUGGGGCGAUGUUGAUUUGGCGGUGAAGAACCCAGAUCUCGUGCUCGUAGAUGAGUGUGUGGCGUUGAGUAAGAGGUUAGGUGUAUAUGAGUCAGUUGGAGGACCGGCGGAGAGUGAGGAUGAUGAUGAUGAUGAUGAUGCUGAGGAUGAGGAUGAUGAUGAUGAUGAUGAGGAUGAUGAAGAUGGGGAGGACGAGGGUGAGGUCGAGGAGGAGGAGGAGGAGCCGGAGAAUGUGUUUGAUAUGUGGACUGUGGUUGAGAGUACUGUACAGGCUGAAUCGGGAUCUGGAGGUGGGGACGAGAGCGGUCAGGUGCUGCUCGACUUGGGUCCCAUGUUUGACAACUGGUGUGGGCCUGAUGAAGUUGAUGAGUUUUAA